GUCCCCAGUCCCCACACAAGAGAGAGCUAGAAGCCUCCGAUUCAGUAAGCAAAAAACCCAAGCCAUGGGAAUCGCCGCCUCCGCCGCCUCCCCUCCACCGGAGGCCGCCGCGCCUGCCGAUCCACCAGCCAAAGAGAAUAUCCCGCUUCCCACCGCCGCAUCCGCUGCCGCUGCGACCCCAGAGGCCAUUGAUCCACCAGCGAAAGAAGAGACCCAGUCCACCGCCGCCGCAGCCGCAGCCGUAGCCGCAGCAGAUGCUCCCGGCGGCGGCGCGGAGGAGGCGGGGGAGACGGUGGUCUUGGACGCCAACGCGGAAGCCGGCGCGGAGGAAGAAGGGGAGUGCGGGUUUUGCCUGUUUAUGAAGGGCGGCGGGUGCAAGGAGGAGUUCGUGGCGUGGGAGAAAUGCGUGGAGGAGGCGGAGGUCGAAGGCGGCGACGUCGCGGAGCGAUGCUACGAGGUCACCGCCACGCUGCGCAGGUGCAUGGACAAGCACCAGGACUACUACGAGCCCAUUCUCCGCGCCGAGCGCGCCAUGGCGGAGGAUCUCGAGGCCGCCAAGGCCAGCGAGGCCUCCGAGCCCUACCCAGGCUCGCAGCCUGCGGCGGCCGAGGAGGAACAAAGCGACAAGAAGCAAGCUGAGGAGAAGGAGAAGGAGGAUCUCGCUGCGUAAUCCCACACCUAGGUGGGAUCUUGCAAUUUUUUGUGAGAUUUGGGGCAUCCUACAUGUCGGUUUUUUUUCUGCAAGAUGGGAGAGGGUGGUUUCUCGAAGAGAAUGAUUGAUAUUCUUUGGGCAGAAAUUAUAUACAGUACGUUUUCUGAGUUCUAACUCAUGGAUUAUAUGGAGAGAUUUAAUAAUCCUGUGAAUGGAUACUUUGACAUGAUUGCCGAUGACA